CCUCCUCCUCCUCCUCCUCCUCAUCCUCCUGCCCCCGCCCCCUCCCGUUCGCAGUCACUCAUUCGCAGCCCCUGCUCAGUCGCAACCCCUAGCCCGGAGUCCCGAGCCUCCUGCCCUCCGCACUGGACAGCGCCGCCGGACGGCCCAGGACGGAGCCCCCCCUCUUCCCGCUCCGAGCCCCGGGAGGGCGCGGCGGAGGCGGCAGCGGAGGCGGGGAGGAGCCGGGGCCGGAACAAGGGCUGGGCCGGGGGCGGGGACGCCGGGGUCCGGAGGAGCCGAGAGGAGCGGAGGACGCGAGAAGGAGAAGAGGCGAGCGAGCGGAGCGAGGAGCGAGGAGCCAAAGCCCGAAAAGGAGCCGGAGUCCAAGCCCAAACCCGAGCCCAAGCGGGAGCCGCCCCCUCCAGUGCGAUGCCCCGAAGGGGCUAGGGCGCCGGGCGCCGGAGCCUAGAGUCGAGCGGGGCUGCCCCGGGGGGAGGGGGAGGCGGCGGAGCCCGAGCCGGAGGAGCCGGAGCAGCUGCAGGAGCAGUAGGCAGCGGCUGCAGGGCCGGGGCAGCAGCGGCCGGAGCGAGAGCCCCAUGCCCCGGGCGGGCUGAGGGAUCCGGAAUCCAUAGUGGAACCUCGGAACCCGGACAGGUCCCGCUAGAGCGACAUGAUGGUGGAAUCCGCUUCGGAGACAAUCAGGUCGGCCCCGUCCGGUCAGAACGGAGUCAGCAGUCUCUCCAGCCAGAGCGAUGGUGGCGGUGGUGGCGCUGGAGCCGCAGGAACAGUGACAGGAGCAGGAGGCGGAGGAGGAGCGGGGAGGGAUGGAGGAGCCGGCGGGGAGAGCAACGGCGAGAUGAGCCCUGUGGAGCUCUUGCACUUUCAGCAGCAACAGGCUCUCCAAGUAGCCCGGCAGUUCCUGCUACAGCAAGCCUCAGGCCUGAGCUCUCCUGGGAACAAUGACAACAAGCAGUCGGCAGUACAGGUGCCGGUGUCUGUGGCCAUGAUGUCUCCACAGAUGAUUACUCCCCAGCAGAUGCAGCAAAUUCUGUCACCUCCUCAGCUUCAGGCCCUGCUGCAACAGCAACAGGCCAUCAUGCUUCAACAGUUACAGGAAUAUUACAAGAAACAGCAAGAGCAGCUUCAUUUACAGCUCCUUACCCAGCAGCAAGCUGGGAAACAGCAACCCAAAGAGGCACUUGGGAACAAGCAGCUGGCCUUCCAGCAACAGCUUCUCCAGAUGCAGCAGCUGCAACAGCAGCACCUGCUGAACCUGCAGAGACAGGGUCUGGUCAGUCUGCAACCCAGCCAGGCAACAGGACCCCUCCAAACUCUCCCACAAGCCGUGUGCCCAUCUGACCUGCCCCAGCUGUGGAAGGGCGAUGGUGCAGCUGCCCAGCCGGCUGAAGACAGCGUGAAACAGGAGGGGCUGGACCUCACCACAGCAGCAGCCACCGCUACCUCGUUUGCUCCCCCUAAGGUCUCACCCUCCCUCUCCCACCACACCCUACCCAAUGGGCAACCCACUGUGCUCACACCUCGACGAGACAGCUCCUCACACGAAGAUACACCUGGCUCCCAUCCCCUCUAUGGUCAUGGGGAGUGCAAAUGGCCAGGUUGUGAGACCCUUUGUGAAGACCUGGGGCAGUUUGUCAAACACCUCAACACAGAACAUGCACUUGAUGACAGAAGCACAGCUCAGUGCCGGGUCCAGAUGCAGGUUGUCCAGCAGCUGGAGAUACAGCUAGCCAAGGAGAGUGAGCGACUUCAGGCGAUGAUGGCCCAUCUGCACAUGAGGCCUUCAGAACCCAAGCCCUUUAGCCAGCCGCUGAACCUGGUGUCAGGCUCCUCACUCUCCAAGGUGACUGUCUCAGCAGCUGAUUCAUUCCCGGAUGGCCUCGCCCACCCCCCCACCUCAGCUGCCGCCCCCGUUACUCCCUUACGUCCCCCUGGCCUCAGCUCUGCUACUCUGCACAGUGGGGGCCCUGCCCGCAGGAGGAGUAGUGACAAGUUCUGCACCCCCAUCUCCUCUGAACUGGCCCAAAAUCACGAGUUCUACAAGAACGCAGAUGUCCGACCUCCCUUUACCUAUGCGUCCCUCAUCCGACAGGCCAUCCUGGAGACCCCUGAUAGGCAGCUUACUCUGAAUGAAAUCUACAACUGGUUCACCAGGAUGUUCGCCUAUUUCCGGAGGAAUACAGCCACCUGGAAGAAUGCUGUCCGACACAACCUGAGCCUACACAAGUGUUUUGUACGAGUAGAGAACGUCAAGGGCGCCGUGUGGACGGUGGAUGAGCACGAGUACCAAAAGCGGAGACCGCCAAAGAUGACAGGGAGCCCAACUCUGGUGAAGAACAUGAUCUCGGGCCUCAGUUACGGAGCACUUAACGCCAGCUAUCAGCCUCCAGUUCUUUCCAAUUCUUGUGUAUGGAGCUGGGGGAGGGGGACAGGAGGGAAGAUUGGCCCCGAUUGCCUCUCCCCUCCAGUACAGGCCGCCCUGGCCGAGAGCAGCUUUCCCCUCCUCAACAGCCCAGGCAUGCUGAACCCCGGCUCCACCAGCAGCCUCCUGCACCUCGGACAUGAGGACGUGAGCAGUACUGUAGAGCCCCUCACCAGCAACGGUAGCAUCAGCCCCCCGCGCCUCUCCCCACCCCAGUACAGUCACCAGGUACAGGUGAAGGAAGAGCCAGCUGAAGCAGAGGAGGACGGUCGGCCUGGGCCCACCCUGGGCCCCACCAACCCCAAUACUGGGGCUCCCCCAGAAGACAGGGACCCUGAAGAGGAUCUGCCUGGGGAGGAACUGUCAUAAAGGCCUCUGGGGGAGGGGCAAGCAGGAAAGGAAGGAGCGAACAUCUCUCCUUCCCCCCUCAGGAGACCCCUCCUCAGGCUCUCACCUUCCCCUCCACUCUACAGUCCCCUCUACCCCACCUCAAGGCACUUCCAGGACAGCAGAUUGGGGUGAGGGCUUCUAUGCCGUCCCACCUGUGACUCUGGACAGACUCUCCCUGGCAGAGAUGGCCCCUGCCCCCUCCACUGACCUUUGCUUCUCGCCCUAAGACCAGUGACUGGAGGUCUGGAACUGGUGGAAGAGCCAGGAGAGUGUGGACCCCCAGUCCCUGACUUCAGUGUGUGUCCAAGCCCCUCUUCCCCUCCGCCUCCUCCCAUCCAUUCUGUCACCAUGACCACCAGCAGCAGGACUCUCCCCGCCACCUUUGCUUUCUGCCCCCCUCCAACACUGAGACCCGCAGGCGGGGCUAACAACCCCCCCCAUUCCCACCAAGGAGCAUCUGUCCCCUUUUUCCCCUGCCCCAACUUUGACCUUGCACCCUCUUCUCCAAGAAGCCCGGGACAAGGCACCUUGUCACAGGGUCAGAGCUAGAAGGGCCGGAGAUGAUUUAGUUUUACCCCCUCAUUUGGCAGAUGAGGAAACUGAGGCCCAAGAAGAGGGGAGUCAGAAUUUGAACCCAGGUCUUGUGAUUUCAAGUCUGGCCCAUGCUUCCCGUACUAGACGAGGCUCCCUUCUUCCAUACUGUGAAUGACCGACACUGGCCACCCGCCGUGAGGAAAGGGGAGCCUGGAGCAUCUCAGACUCUACCUCCGACCGCCCCGGGACAAACCAGUUCUCCCUUCUCGGUGUUCCCAGCGGCCUCAGGGGUACCUGCGGGGGCAUCAGCCCUUGAAAGCGCUUCAGGAAGACUAUUGAUGGAAACCCCUGCAAGGGGAUGCACUGCCUCACUCACACCAUCCCCGCGCCUGUGUAUAACUAGAAACCCGACCCUGCCACCUCAGUCAGACAGGGGCCGGGGGCCUGAUCUCACCUGCCCCCCAUGUAUCUGCCUCCUUAGGAGAACGGGUGCGGAGGGUCUUGGAGAGAGAUGGGCUGACAGGAGCACUGGGAAUAGAUGUACCCUCGGGGAGAGGGGGGAGGCAGGAAAGUGUCCCCAAGACUUUGGCAUUCAUUCACCCCUGGAACUGAGGGGCCUGGUCCCCACUUGUGAGGGAAAGUCCCCUGGCCUCCACUAGAUGUCCCCACGGAGCCCGCUGCUGUGGCUGGCCGGCGAGGGAGGGAGGGAGUACGCCCCUCGGCCUCCAUGGCAUUAAAAGGGGCUUGUGUUGGUGGGGUGGGUCUGGGGAGGGCGGGGGAGCAGGCCGGCUGCCAAGGCCAGAGGAAUGGGCUACCUCUUCCAAAGCUCUCCCUCCUAGUCCCCCUCCCACCCUCUGACCCCCUCCAUUUCACAGUCCCUCUCAACUCCCUCUCCCUUUCUUUCCCCAGUUAAACAGAUGACCAAAGACCUUUCUUAUGCCAGAAGCAGAAACCAAAACUUUUUGUUUGCUUUUUUUUUCCUUUGUCACCCCCUGCCCUCCAUUCCUUAUCUGACCUUCCCCCCUCACCCCCAGGCUAGAAGCUAGAACCGGGGGGAGGAGGGGUCCCGUCCACUUAAGUUAUUGUUUUAAACCAAAGUUGACAGUGUCUGUUGGUGGCCAUGGCUUUCUUCCACACCUGCUCUUCAGCUGCCCGCAGAAGCAGCCUGGGGACAGGUUCCCCUACACACCUCACUUCUGCUCUUGUUCCCUUCUCAUCACUCUGUCCCUCAGCUGUCCUUCCCCUUCCCAUGGGAGAGGGGAAGAGGAGGAGGGACUUAGGAUCUGAGGGAAAGGAAGGGCUCAAAUGGGAUGAACUCCCUUAGGCCCCCCGAGACAAUUGUGGCUGUCCCCAAGGGCCUCUAGGGGCAGGGGACAGUUACAUGUUACUAUUCCUGCUUUUCUCCUCCCCCCUCCAUCCCCAGUCAGUAUUUUGUCCCAGCCGGCCAGCCAACCAUUCUUCUUUAUCACCCUCCAGUGCCCGCCCCAGGCUGGUCCCUGGUGUGCCCAUCAUCAUGUUCCUACCCCUGCUAGGGCUGCACCCACAAAGGUGGAGGGCUGGGUUCUGAGGGUUUGCUGGGGAGAGAGCUGAAGCAGGUGGAGGGGCAGCCAGCUGUCAUUCCUUCCUCCCACUGUGGGGGACUCCAACUUCAGGUGAAGGGCAAGAUGUCUGAUUGCUAUGCCUGACACCCACCCUACCCCUAGAUUAGUCCCUCUAACAGGGACAGGACCAGGAAGGGGUGGGAGGUGGACUUGAAGAACUGUUGUCUAGCAAGUGCCCAGUUACCACACACAGACUGUGACCCUCACAAGUCCCUUGUAGGACUUGGGUGGCAAAAGGUCCCUGGUGCCUGUUAACCGUGAUCCUCUCCCACUUUGUUCCUUGCCCUCUGACUUGUGCAGAAAUAUUAAAUGCCCUCUGCUCUUAGGCCCUCAGUGUGUGUCACCUAGUGGGGCGGGUGAUGGGCUAAGUCAGGAGGACCUGAGCAUGGAGCACAGAGCUUGGGAGUGGGCACUUCCCAGGAGUGGAUGAAUGGAUGUGUUUAUGUGCAUGUAUGUGAGUCCGUUUGAGCCCACUCAGUCGUGUAUGAAUGAACAGGAAUGUUGAUCUCCAUCCAUGGGUUCCUAAAACCAACGCGUGUGUUCAGGCCCCUUUGUAUGUCUGAUUCAGAACGUCAUUCACGAGGGAACAAUGGGAUGCAGUGGUUGGGAAGGCAGGCUUCUGGACUGGACUGAUCCCCCUAGCUUCUCUUUCCUUCCUACCAAGCUAGGUCUGGGGACAGCUCCCCCACAAAGUGGCCUAUUGGGUGGGAGAAGCCGGAGUGUUGGAUAAUCACAGUAUUUGUGAUAGCCUUAGGUUCUGCUUGGGCUAGCUUUCUUUUCCCCUCUCCCUCCCACCUCUCCGCUGUCUGUCCCUCUCGGGAUCUGGCCCUGCUUUUAACCGCCACUUCCAUCUGUGGCUCCCUCAGCUCCUUUGUACCCUUCUGGGUUUUCCCUCACUCUCAGGAAGAGCUGAGGAUCACAAACACAUACACACGCUAACAGGAACAUCCUCUCCCACCCUACCUUGCCACAUAGAUGACAUACAGCCCCUUGUUGCCUUCUAGCCCAGCUCUAGACUCCCAUUUUUCUCCUUAUUUCUCUCUGACUCCCUCAUAGAAAAGACUUUAAAGUUUUCCCCAAAAGCUUUCUUUUGAACUCUCCCUCUCUUUCCUGCCUCCUUCCUAAAUCAGAUCCCUACCCCCAUUCCACACCGGUUUAGAAUCCAAGUUUUUGUUGUUGUUUUUCUCAGGCUGCCUGGGAGUUGUCCAGGGAGGUGGGGAAGGUGGGAGUAAGCAGUUUGCAGGAGCUGUUUACUUCAUGGACUAUCCCUAGAGUCACCCAGACCAUUAGAUCAAAGAUCCAUUCCCUCCUUGUGGGAAACCAGAUCUCUUCCAAGGGAAAGUGGUUCUGAGGCUUGAGUCUAAGACAGAAGGCCAGCAAGCCCAUAGCCUUAUGGUGGUAUGUGUUUAUGAGCACUGUGCUUGCACAAUGUGUUAACAAUGUGUAUGUCUAUAUGGCACAUGUAUAUGGGCACAGGCUUGAGUCAAAUGCAAAGGGACUAUACUAGCUGUUCCAGCUGGUAGCUAGGAUGGGAUGCAGGGUCAGCGAAUGCUUAGGUGAGCGCUUACAGCCUCCCAAAAAGAGAAAAGGGACUGGGGAGGGGGGGACACUUAAACCAAUGUCAUUCUCUGACUAGUCUUUCUCUUCCCCUCUCACCCUGGUUCCCCACAUCCACUCAUUCCUUACAAAUCUUGAGUUCUUCCCUUCUGUCCCUCUCCCUAAUUUCCCCAAGAUGGGAACCUGAUAGGUAAAAAGAAGCCUGUUUACUUCUUAUACCUUUCAUCUGCUAUAUACCUUCCUGUGAGAUUUAAUCACAGAGAACCCAAGUCUCAAUUCAAACUUCUCACCACCCACAACCACCAUAAGAGUCUUCAAGAUACCUUACACUUUUUAGGCCCAGGAGCUACUAGACCAGGGUCCUUCAAGGCUAGGGCUGAAGGAGGAUGGUCCUGGCGAGAGAGAAGGCCGGCUUUUAUUGGGGGGGGGGGGUACAGGAUUGGGUCCCAGCUUCUUUACCAUAGCCAAUCCCAAACAUUUAGUACUAACAAUAGACUGAAGAGGAGUGGGCCCUGAGGAUUCCAACUCCUUAAUGUGUCAUCUCUUUUCUGUGGCCUCAUUCCUUCAUUUCUGGCCUGAUUUCUGUCUCAUCUCUUUCCUUUUCCCUUCUCCCACUCCCCUUCUCUCUCUGUCUCUGUUAUUUCUAUGUCUCUCUCCCCCCAUACCUCCUGCCCAUCAUAAUCCCUACUGUCAGUUCAGCGUGUGUGUGUUUCUCUCUCUUGAUUUUUCUUAGCCCCUCUAUAUGUUGUUCUGUAUCUCCUCCACUUCUUUCCUCCAUCCUGCUGGACACAUGCUCAGAGCUGGGGUCUCCCUCUCUCCCUCUCCUCUAGUGGGGGCUACAGGGUGAGGGGGGUCAGAUGGGACAGACAGGGGAUUUCACGUCCUCCCCUCGGCCCAGGCCCAGUCCCAUCCUGUGCUGUAUAAAGGAAUAGCAUUGCUGUGUAUUCGUACUCCGCCUAACCUCCCUCCGCUCUGUGGCGGCAGACAGGCGGACCCUGUACAGUAGAACUAGCUGCAUGUAAUCUGUAUGGACAACAGCAUUAUAUAUAAUGCAAUAAAGUGAAUUACCUACAA